AUGCUUGCCAGACGGGCGCUGCUCCGGCUACAGCAGCCGCUCAGGCAGUGUGCCACCCGGAGACCGUUCUCCACGACUGAGCUCAGCAAUGGCAUCAAGAUGGCCUACGAGCUGUGGGAGCCGGAAAAGGGACAGGAACCUCAAGGCGCGCCAAUAGUCUUCCUGCAUGGUCUUUUUGGAUCCAAGAGGAAUCAUCGCGCCAUCAGUAAAGCUCUCGUCCGCGACCUGAAACGACCCAUCUACGCCGUUGACACACGGAACCAUGGCGACUCAUCUCACGAUCCUAGACACGACUACGAGGCAUUGGCCGAAGAUCUCGAGCUCUUCAUUGAUAGCAACAAGAUCGAAGAUAGCACCCUCAUCGGACACUCCAUGGGCGCAAAAGCAGUCAUGACGGUUGCGCUGCGAAAGCGUGUACCAAUCGGGAAUCUGAUACCAGUGGACAACGCGCCUGUGGAUGCUGCCUUGAAAUCGGACUUUGGAAAGUACUGCAUAGGCAUGCGCAAGAUCGAAGAGGCCGGCGUCAAGUCGCUGAAGGACGCCGACACGAUCCUCGCCGAUUACGAAGAGAGUCUACCCAUCAGGCAGUUCCUGCUCACAAACCUGAUGCGAGCGGAAGAUGGGACGCAGAAGUUCAAGGUGCCGCUGAAGUACUUGACUGACUCGUUGAACAAGCUCGGCGACUUCCCAUUCAAAGAUCCGCACCAGGCAAGAUGGGAAGGUCCGACUCUUUUCACCAGAGGCACAAAGAGCCACUAUAUCUCCGACGAGAUGCUGCCUGUGUGUGGACGGUUCUUUCCCAACUUCGAACUGGCCGAUGUCGACUCUGGGCACUGGGUCAUUAGUGAGAAGCCGGAUGACUUUAGGCAAGCUGUGGUCGACUUUCUGUCGAAGAAGGACUGA